AUGAAGAUACCAGAUCUGGACCCUGUCGUCCACCUACAUGCCCUUAAGGCCGGUCUUCAGCCUGGAAAAUUCAGGGAAACAAUCGCGGUCACUAAGCCGAAGACGUUAGAAGAAUUCCAGGAAAGGGCAGCCGGACAGAUGGAGAUUGAGGAGCUCUGCAAAUUCGAAAGGACGGAAAGAAGGCAACCUAGGAAGGAAGAAGACAGAACCACAAGGUCGGCAAAUAACAAAGACUCUAGGAAGCCAUUUAAGCUCACCCCAAAAUUUGACAACUACACCAGGUUCAACACAAAAAGGAAAAAGUUAAUUAAAGAGAUACUUAAUGCUAAAAUCAUAAAACUUCCAGCAAGAGCAGGGAACUAUCAAGACCAGCGAUUUGUAGACAGAAGCAAAAAUUGUGCUUUCCAUAAAAAAUACGGACAUACAACUGACGAAUGCGUGAUAGCAAAGGAUAUGUUAGAGAGAUUAGCUCGGCAAGGCCUCCUGGACAAAUAUAUCGAAGGAAGGAAGCAUAAAGAAAAUGGCAGGGACCGAGAAGAGCGUCAACAAACUUCGGGCAACAAGGAAGACAACAAAUGGUCAAACAAUAUCCCACCAAAAGGGAUCAUAAACUGCAUAUCCGGAGAAUUUGCUGGGGGAGGCGAGACAAGCUCAGUACAAAAACAAAGCUACCGCACGAUGCUAGCAAUUGAAGGAACAGUACAGCUGAGAACUGAGUAUGAGCCCGACCUUGAAAUCAUUUUCAACCAGACAGAUAUAUGCUCGGCCGCACCGAACUUAGAUGAUCCAGUGGUAAUCUCUAUCCAAACCGGCGAACUAUUGGUAAGAAAAGUCCUCUUGGACCCAGGUAGUAGUGCAAAUGUUCUCUUUUACUCUACUUUUCUGAAAAUGAAAAUAUCUAAAAAACUCGUGCAACCCUCGUCUGGAGAAUUAGUCGGAUUCUCCGGAGAAAGGGUCUUGAUUAAAGGUUACAUAUGGCUAAAAACUACAAUGGGAGAAACCCCGUUGUCACAAACCCUUGAUGUACAAUAUUUCAUAGUUGACUGCCCCAGUCCUUACAACAUUAUUCUCAGAAGACCUGCUCUGAACAUGUUCAAGGCAGUGGUAUCCACUUAUCACCUAUGUGUUAAGUUUCAGGCACAAGACGACAAGAUAGCGACACUCUGCUCAAACCGCCAACAAGCUAGGCAAUGUUACAUCACAAGUCUGAAGGGGUCAGAAACAAGACAGAGAUAUCAACAAGAAGUCAAGGCAAUUCACAGCACAAACGAGGUUACCUACAUCGGUCAAGCAUUACAAGGAAAAGAAAGAUUGGAGCUCAUAAAAGUGCUACAAGACAACGCCGACUUAUUUGCCUGGACCCCAGCGGACAUGCCAGGUAUCAAUCCAAACAUUAUCUGCCACAAGCUCGCCACCAACAGAACAAGCCGACCUAUAACUCAAAAGAAGAAGAAUCUCGAGGCAGAAAAAUCAAAGGCAGUUCUAGAAGAAACCAGAAAGCUCCUUAAAGCUAACUUCAUCAAAGAAAUCUGCUUCACCACAUGGCUCUCAAACGUGGUAAUGGUAAGAAAAAACUCAGGUAAAUGGCGCAUGUGCGUCGACUUUACAAAUUUAAACAAGGCAUGCCCUAAAGAUGCUUAUCCUUUACCAUGCAUUGAUAAACUCGUAGACAAUGCAUCAAGUUUCAAAAGCUUGAGCUUCAUGGAUGCAUAUUCUGGUCACAACCAGAUCCUCAUGCAUCCAGAAGACCAAAGCAAGACAGCAUUUAUAACUGAACAUGGAAAUUUUUGUUAUAGAGUAAUGCCAUUUGGUCUAAAGAAUGCAGGUGCAACCUACCAACGACUGAUGGACAAAGUGUUCCGUCAUCAAAUAGGUCGGAACAUGGAAUUCUAUGUGGAUGAUAAGGUCGCAAAGACCACUCAAGAAAAGUCACACUGCGACGACCUCAGGGAGAUAUUUGAACAGAUCCGAGCAUACAAUAUAAGACUCAACCCAGAGAAAUGUGCCUUCGGGGUACAAGAAGACAAGUUCCUUGGAUUCAUGCUGAUCUCACGAGGAAUUGAAGCAAACCCUGAAAAAUGUGAGGCAAUACUUAACAUGGCGAGCCCUAAAACAAUAAAAGAGGUACAACAAUUGGCAGGAAAGGUAGCGGCACUAUCUCGCUCGGCUCUUGUCAUUGAGACAGGAAAAAUACAACAGCCAGUAUACUUCGUCAGUAGAGUCAUGCAACCAACGAAACAAAGGUAUCCGAGAAUAGAACAGCUAGCUUUAGCACUAGUAAUAACAGCAAGAAGACUCAGGCACUACUUCCAAAGCCACACAAUAAUAGUGAGGACGAACCAACCAUUAAGACAAAUACUGACAAAACCAGAACUGGCCGGAUGUCUAACCAAAUGGUCUAUCGAGCUCUCGGAGUUCGAUAUCCAAUUUCAACCAAGGUCGGCAUUGAAAGCACAGAUCCUCGCAGACUUCAUAUCAGAACUGACCCCGGACGAGCACAAUAAACCCUGGGAGUUACAUGUUGAUGGGGCGUCCAGCCGAGGAGGGAGCGGAGCUGGGAUAAUCCUAAAAGAAGGGGACAAGGUGGUAGCCGAGCAAUCCCUCCAGAUCCACUUCCCGGCAAGCAACAAUCAGGCUGAGUAUGAGGCCCUCAUAGCAGGACUCAAGCUCGCCCUGAACCUCCAAGUACAAAGCCUGAUAGCACAUUGCGAUUCCCUCUUGGUGGUCCAACAAAUCCGAGGAGAGUUUCAGGUAAAAGAUCCCUUGCUAGAGCGAUAUUGGCUCAUAGCAAAGGAUCUCAUUUCAAAGUUUAGUUCGUUCAUUAUACUACAUGUGCAUAGAGAAAAGAAUGUUAGAGCAGACAUAUUAUCCAAACUUGCCGCCACUAGGGCGGACACACAGACAUCAGCAUUAUCACAACUCACACUUAAAAAACCCAGCAUUGAACUAUUAUCUAUAACAAGCAUUAAUCACCUCCGUGACUGGAGAACACCUUUCCUUGAGUACAUCAAUGCAGAUAUCAUACCCAGAGACAAACUCAACCCGCAACACUUCAGACGAAAAGCAAGUCUCUACACAAACAUAGCAGGAGAACUAUACAGGCGUAGUUACUCACAACCAUUGCUAAAAUGCUUAAAUAAAGAUGAGGCAAAAGAGGUGAUGGACGAAGUUCAUGAGGGCGUAUGUGGGAACCACAUCGGAGAACGAGCUCUCGCCACAAAGAUCGUCCGAACAGGAUACUAUUGGCCGACCAUGAAAAGGGAUUGCAUAACAAAAGUCAAGACAUGUGACAAAUGUCAAAAGCAUGCAACCAUCUCUACAAAGCCUGCCGAAGUAUUACACAGCAUGGAGGUAAGCUGGCCUUUCCACAGAUGGGGGCUCGAUAUUCUCGGCCCAUUUCCAAUAGCACCAGGUCAGGAAGGGAGGCAGAGCUUCACUUUCACUCUCUCUCUCUCUCUCUCUCUCUCAAUUGAACUGAACGGCAGAACGUUAGCCGCAGCUCACAGAGCUUUCACCGCCACUGCACUAUCGCCGCCUCGUUGCCGAGCCUCUCGCCGUGCUCCUCGUGUCGUCCUCCUCCGCAGUGGGUUGCCUUCACUGCUGUGCUUCGGCGUGAGCUCGCUUCUCUGCGUGCCGUCAGCUGUGAGCCCGUGGCUUCUCUUCUCUGUUGAGCAAAGACCUUUUCGCCUCCUCCUCGCCUCCCAAUCCUUCAUAAAGUUUGAGAGCGUAGUUUUUACACACCCCAAAUUCUUCGCAGUGAAGAAUGGAUAUAUGCAGCAGAACACAAACCUGGUGGAAGCCAUUGUCCUGAAAGUAAAGGAUUGCCUCCGCAUUGGCGAGUCCCACCUCAAAUCCGAGCUUAUCUGCCACACCAAGAAGCUCUCCGACAGCCACUUCUACAACCUCGGGAUGGCAACGGAGCAAGGUGGAGGCGGGAAAUACCUUCCCACUCUCUGUCCCCGCCCUUAG